AUGACACCAAGUCAUGGAUUUUUAGAUGUUCCUGACACAGAAAGCAAGUGGAAAGAGAUAGCGAACGAGCUCAAAGACCGAUGGAACUUUCCACAUUGUUUAGGGGAAAUAGAUGGCAAACAUGUAGUAAUGCAAGCACCAGCCCGAAGUGGUUCAGACUACUUUAAUUACAAAAAAACACAUAGCAUAAUGUUGCUUGCUGUGUGCAACGCACGUUACGAAUUUACGUUGAUAGACAUUGGUGAUGCUGGGCGAUGGAGACCAACCCCAGCUAAAAUAAAAGAUACAGGAAAUAAGCUAUAUCCAUAUGUUUUUGUGGCUGUUGAUGCCUUUCAAUUAAAACCACAUAUGCUAAAACCAUUCGCUCGUCUGGACUCUUGCAUUAAAAAGAAAAUAUUUAACUACCGUUUAUCAAGGGCCAGAGGAAUAAUUGAAAAUUGUUUUAGCAUAUCAGCAGCAAGGUUUCGCAUUUUUAGACGUCCCCUUAUUGCACAGGUUGAAACUGCGAAUUUAAUAACAAAAGCAGUAGUUGCUCUACACAACUUUUUAAUGAAAAGCCAAGAAAACCAUGGUGAGUACAGGUACUGUCCACCAGGAUUUGUCGAUACUGAGAAUGGCGCGGCCUCACAGCUUGGAGACUGGAGGAAUGAAACCAAUGGAUAUACCUGA